GCCUCGCAGGAGUUGAGAUUUCUCCUCAGCAGCUCGUCCCAUCCUUUUCAAUUGGUUGACUGUGCUUUUUUCCUUCCUCUGUUCGCACUAAACGAGAUGAAGGAUUGAAUAGCUAGAGGGAUGGGUGAAUAACGCGAAAGAAACACCCACAUUCGGCUCAAGUCUGGACUGACGGAGAGAGGGAGCUGGGAGAGUGGCCGGGGAAGGCAGUCACACUCAAGGGUGCUCUGAGGAUCCGCUGGGAGGAAAUACAGCGUAACAGUACAUGCUCUGAAAGGUGUCUCAGGAGCUUCACCUACACGAUUGUAAGGAUGCAGGUUUUGGAACGGGGGAGCAGGAUGUGCUGGCCGCUGGCCUUUCUGGCACUUUCAGCCCUUUUUACCCCCCCAGUCGAGGGGCAAGUGUCAAAUCCACGAAGACUACGUUUUAAAGUUGUGGGCAAGAGCAAAUUGCUUGUGGCAUGGAAAGAGCCAAGAGGAGAUUUUGAAAGCUACAGAUUUAUCUAUACCUCUGAGCCAGGUGGAGAGGAAACUGAGUUGCAGAUCUCCAAAGGUGAAAACAAAGCAGUAAUACAGGAUUUCAGUCCUGAUAAGGAGUACACAGUCAAAGUCAUUGCUGUGAAAGGUGACAGGGAAAGCAGAGCUCUGAAGGGGAAAUAUGCAGUCCAAGAGCAGGAGCCAGACGAGGACGUGCAGUCCCAGAAACUGAAGGACCGAACCGAAGGGUCCGAGGAUCUCAAUGAAAUAUCGGGAGUGGACCAGUUUGUCUGCACCACCCCGGCGAUUGCGGACAUCGUGAUCCUGGUGGACGGUUCCUGGAGCAUUGGCCGGAUAAACUUCCGACUGGUCCGCAUGUUCCUGGAGAACCUGGUGAACGCCUUUUCCGUGGGAAUCGACAAGACCAGGAUUGGCCUGGCCCAGUACAGCGGGGACCCCAGGAUUGAGUGGCAUCUGAAUGCUUUCUCCACCAAGGAUUCUGUGAUCGACGCAGUGAAGAACCUGCCCUACAAAGGAGGGAACACGCUGACAGGCCUUGCACUUACCUAUAUCCUGGAGAACAGCUUCAAACCAGAGUCUGGAUCUAGGUCCAAUGUUCCCAAAAUUGGGAUCCUGAUCACAGAUGGAAAAUCCCAAGAUGAUGUCAUUCCUCCCGCGGAAAGCCUUCGCAAUGCGGGCAUUGAGCUUUUUGCCAUUGGUGUGAAGAACGCGGAUGAAAAUGAACUGAAGGCCAUCGCCUCAGAGCCCGAUGAGACCCACGUCUACAACGUGGCCGACUUCAGCAUCAUGAGCUCCAUAGUGGAGGGCCUGACCAAGAUUGUGUGCGACCGAGUCGAGCAGCAGGACAAAGAGAUCAAAGGAGAGUCUGACGAGCAGCCGACUCUGGGUGCCCCUCAGAACCUGGUGACAUCGGACGUGACAGCGAAAGGCUUCCGGGUUUCUUGGAGCCACGCCCCAGGGGCUGUGGAAAAGUAUCGAGUGGUGUACUAUCCCACCCAGGGAGGCCAGCCUGAGGAGGCUGUAGUAGAUGGCAGCGAGAACUCGGUGUUGCUGAGCCACCUGAACUCCAUGACAGAGUACCAGCUAGCCGUCUUCGCUGUGUACACCAGUGCGGCCAGCGAAGCCUUGCGGGGCACAGAAACCACCCUGGCCUUGCCUAUGGUGAAUGACCUGCAGCUGUCGGAGGUGACCCACAGCACCAUGCGGGCCCAGUGGAAGCCCGUGGAAGGGGCUUCUGGGUACAUGAUCCUUUACGCCCCUCUGACUGACACCGAGGCCACAGACGAGAAGGAGGUGAAGGUGGCUGAUUCGGUGACUGAGGUAGAGCUGGAGGGACUGACCCCCGACACGGAGUACACGGUGACGUUGUACGCCAUGUACGGAGAAGAGGCCAGUGACCCACUGACCAACCAAGAGACCACACUGCCACUGAGUCCACCCCAAAACCUGAAGAUUUCUGACGUUGACCACAGCUCUGCAAGGGUGACUUGGGAACCUGCAUCCAAGGCCGUGAGGGGUUAUCGAGUCAUGUACAUCUCAACCGAUGGCGGUCCAACCCACGAAUUGGAUGUGGGUCCCGUUACUUCUCUGGUGCUGAAGAACCUAACCUCUCAGACCGAAUACACAGUGGCUGUCUUCGCACUGUAUGACGAGGGCCAGUCUGAGUCCCUGACUGACCUCUUCACCACCAAGUUGGUGCCGGAGCCCCUUGACCUCCGGACCAGCGAAGUAUCCACAGACAGCUUCCGGGUCAGCUGGCAGCACGCUGCAGAUGACAUCGUCCUUUACAAGCUGAACUGGAUGCCCAUUAGCGGUGGAGAUGCAGAAGAGACUGUUCUGAAUGGAGCUGAUGACUCCUUCCUCCUCACUGGCUUGCGGUCAUUCACAGACUAUGAGGUGUCGCUAUCUGCAAUCUUCAGAGACGAGACAGAGAGUGACGUAGUGACUGCCCUGGAGACAACAUUGGCGAGGACAACAACCAUUGCCACAACAACAACCACUACCACAGCUGCAGUGGUGCGCCUGGGAGUUAAGAACCUGAAUAUCAAUGAGGAGACUACGUUCAGCCUGCAGGUUUCCUGGGACCUGCAGGACCCCAAUGUGCAGGAGUACCGGGUGUCCUACGUCAGCCUGAGGGGUGACCGCGCAGAGGAAGCGGUCAUGGUUCCCAGCCAACAGAGCAGCCAUCUCCUUCAGCCCCUGCUGUCUGACACACAGUACAAGGUGACAGUCACUCCAGUGUACGCAGAGGGCGAUGGAGUCAGCGUGUCAUCUGUGGGACGGACGUUACCCCUCACUGCGCCCCGAAACCUUAGGGUGUCCGAAGAGUGGUACAACCGUUUCAGGAUCACCUGGGACACUCCUCCAUCCCCCACCAUGGGGUACAGGAUUGUCUACCAGCCUAUCUCUGCUCCAGGCCCCGCCCUGGAGACCUUUGUGGGGGAGGACGUCAACACCAUGCUGAUCGUGAACCUGCUGACCGGCACGGAAUACAGUGUCAAGGUCAUCGCCUCGUACACCACCGGCUCCAGCGACGCCCUCGCCGGCAAGGCCAAGACAUUGAAACUGGGCGUGUCCAACCUGAACGCCUACCAAAUGCGUACGAACAGCAUGUGCGCCCAGUGGCAACCCACCACUGCCUCAAUGUACAGGGUGAUCAUCGAGUCCCUCCUCAAUGGGCAACGGCAGGAAGUGAGCGUAGGGGGUGGGGCUUCCAGGCAUUGCUUCUAUGACCUCACUCCAAACACCCAGUACAAGAUCAGCGUCUACACCCAGUACCUCGACAUGGAGGGUCCUGCGAUCACCACCGUGAGCGCAACACUCCCUGUUCCGACGGAGCCACCGACCGCGCCCCCCACCACGACGCCUGCCCCCACCCUCCCUCCUGCCAAAGAAGUCUGUAAGGCAGCCAAGGCCGACCUGGCCUUCCUGGUGGACGGGUCCUGGAGCAUUGGUGACGACAACUUCCAGAAAAUCAUCCGCUUCCUGUACAGCACGACUGGGGCCCUUGAUAAGAUUGGCCCUGAUGGCACACAGGUUGCGAUUGCGCAGUUCAGCGACGACGCCAGAACGGAAUUCCAGCUCAACUCGUACGGCGACAAGGAAACGCUGCUGGACGCCAUUCAGCGCAUCGGGUACAAAGGGGGAAACACCAAGACAGGCACGGCCAUUAAGCAUGUGAAGGAAAGCAUCUUUACCACACAAGGGGGCGUGAGGAGGGGCAUUCCCAAAGUUCUGGUGGUGCUGACUGACGGCAGGUCCCAGGAUGAUGUCAACAAGGUCUCCAAAGAGAUGCAAAUUGAGGGUUACAGCAUUUUCGCCAUUGGCUUUGCCGACGCUGACUACGGUGAGCUGGUGAACAUCGCCAGCAAACCCAGCGAGAGGCACGUCUUCUUUGUGGACGACUUAGAUGCCUUCAAGAAAAUCGAGGAGCAGCUGAUAACCUUUGUGUGUGAGGCAGCCUCAGCCACUUGUCCUUCUGUUCUGAUGAGUGGUAACACCUUAGCAGGCUUCAGGAUGAUGGAGAUGUUUGGACUGGUGGAGAACCAGUAUGGCAGUGUGGAGGGAGUGUCCAUGGAGCCCGGCACGUUCAACAGCUUCCCCUGCUACCGACUACACAAGGAUGCCCUCCUGUCUCAGCCCACGAAGUAUCUACACCCAGAAGGCCUACCCUCAGACUACACCAUCACGGUGCUUUUCCGCCUGCUGCCGGACACACCCCAAGAGCCCUUUGCAUUGUGGGAGAUUCUCAAUAAGGAAAAUGAACCUCUGGUGGGCGUCAUUCUGGACAACAGUGGGAAAACUCUCACUUUUUUCAACUACGACUACAAGGGAGACUUCCAGACCGUGACGUUUGAGGGGCAGGACAUCAAGAAGAUUUUCCAUGGUAGUUUCCACAAGCUCCAUGUGGCUAUCAGCAAGACGACUGCCAAAGUGGUCAUCGACUGUAAGGUGAUUAGUGAGAAGGCCAUCAACGCUGCGGGGAACAUCACCAUGGAUGGGGUGGAGGUGCUUGGUCGGAUGGUGCGGUCUCGUGGGAAGAGGGACAACUCAGCCCCGUUCCAGCUGCAGAUGUUCGACAUCAUCUGCAGCACCUCCUGGGCCAGCCGGGACAAGUGCUGUGAGCUGCCAGGCCUGAGAGUGGAAGCAGACUGUCCAGCCAUGCCCCAUGCCUGCACCUGCUCCCAGGACAGCAAAGGGCCUCCUGGACCUUCCGGACCCCCUGGUGGCCCCGGCAUCAGGGGAGCGAGAGGGGAUCGAGGGGAACAAGGCCUUGUGGGACCUCAAGGGUCUAAUGGAGACAUGGGGCCUCCAGGGCCACAGGGACCUCCUGGCCCUCAGGGCCCCAGUGGAUUGUCCAUUCAGGGGACUCCGGGGUUGCCUGGGGAGAAAGGAGAGAAAGGCGAGGUUGGCGUGCAGGGACUUCAGGGUGUUCCUGGAUCUCCUGGGUCCAUGGGAAGGGAUGGCCCACCUGGACAGAGGGGACUUCCUGGAAAAGGCGGACCACAGGGACAGCAAGGGGCCCCAGGGCCGAUUGGAACCCCCGGGGCUCCAGGGUCCCCAGGAUCGAAAGGACCGCCGGGGCCACUGGGUGACCAUGGACCACCUGGUCCUCCUGGUACCAAGGGCGAUAAGGGUGAACGGGGUGACAUGCAGUCCCAGGGUGCCGUGCGGUCGAUCGCCCGUCAGGUCUGCGAGCAGCUGAUUCAGAGUCACCUGUCCCGCUACAGCUCUGUCCUGAACCAGAUCCCCAGUCAGGCCGUCUCAGUCCGCACCGUGCCCGGACCCCCCGGAGAGGCUGGGCGACAGGGCCCCCCGGGACCACAGGGAGAGCAGGGGCCUGCUGGCAGACCAGGAUUCCCUGGGGGCAAUGGACAAAAUGGCCGACCAGGAGAGAGAGGGUUUCCGGGAGAGAAGGGUGAGAAGGGCAGUCAAGGAGUGGGCAUUCAGGGCUCCAGAGGCCCCCAGGGGCCACCAGGACCUCCAGGGGAAGGGCGGACAGGAAGCCAGGGGCCGCCCGGCAGACCGGGCAACCAGGGCACGCCGGGGCGGCCAGGCGUCCCCGGCUCCACAGGUGCCGCCGGGCCCCCGGGGUACUGCGACCAGAGCUCCUGCUUGGGCUAUAACGUCGGAGUACAAUUGCCUCCCAACUCCUACCAAACCUAUGACCCUGCUGGCAAUUAUGAGGAAGAGGAGGAUGAAGAAGAAGACCCAGCCCGGUACGGUGGGUAUGGGGCGUACCCCUCCCAGUACUAUCAGCCCAACUACCCUGCACAGCCCGGCCCCCCCCACUCUGAGGACACCAUCGUGAGGUCACCGGGAAUGCACCGCUUUGCCAGGAGCCCGCCAGAAAAGAAAGGCUCCACCUCCGCAGAGUAGGCGAACAGUGGAGGGGGAGGAGCCAGGAACGUCCCAGAUGCACGCCUGGAGCCCUUCAGCACACCCAUAGCACAGCGCAUCAAUGCCACCAUUGAAAAAGAAGAGAAAGGGGGCUAUCAGUUCAUACACAGUGAUUCCAGAUGUACGAGGAAGAUCCGAAAGUGCCUGAUAUAUAUACUGUAUGGUAUUUGUUUUGUUUAGUUUUUUUUUUGGGGGGGGGGGGGGGGGCGAUUACACUAGCAUACUCAAUGACUUUAUUUUCAUUAAGUUGCAUGUCACCUCAAAGGACGGGCAGGAGUACAGAGAGAGAUUAAAAGGGUUGUGUGUUUUUGUUUGCAUGCAGCGGGCAUCUUGUAAUCUACUUACACCGUGACAAAUAGCAUCUGUACAGUUUACCUAAUUGUUUUUUCAGCAUAAUAGCGUUUCCAUCUCAGAGCUCUCGUGGCCUAAUUUCCCCUCAUCAACCCAGUGUGUUUCUGCCUAUGAUUUCCAGUAUUUCCAUUGCCUUUUCUAGUUUAUUUAUUGAAAUUAAAUGUCCUCCAUUGUGAGGUUCUGUAUUUCUUGCACUCAUAUAUCGUCCCCCUUUAUUGGAUCUCUGAUGGUACCUAAAUUUGAAGCUGCAUCUUUUAGAAAUUACCCGAAUUGUCCUUCAUCUACGUGUAAUAAUUAUUUCAUAAUGCGGGAUGUCUCUGUGCGUUUUUAUAGAGUCGCAUUAGUCAUUGUCCUUGUGGAAAACUACACAAUGUGAGGUUAAGGGGGGAAAAGGAUUCUUGUUGACUUUUUUGGAUUUUUGUUACAUGAGCAUAGGUGUUGUGCUAGCUUUCGUCUCAAGGAUGCAGAGAAGGUGCUAGAAUGUGUAAUGUACGAACUAGAUGAAUCUGUGAAAUGAUUAUUUUCCUGCCCUCACAUUUCUCGUUAUGCAAUGUGGGGCCUGUUCGCUGUGGAGGUGUGUUGAAUAGUUAGGCCUGUGGUCUAAUUUCCCCUUCAGAGAGACCCAAGCAGAAUGUAGAACAGGUGCGAGUGGAAAGUCUCAUCUCAGAACCUCUGAAUUUAGGAAGUAAUUUAUUUUUACUUUAUUAUUUGUUUUGUAACCAAUAAAACUGAAGUACAACCACAAA